AAGCGACUGGUACAAGUACAUGAUCGAAGAUGGGAGCGCCCAUAGAUCAGAGCCAUUUCAGGCUGCAUCAUCAGUGACUAUGGCUGGCGAGGAGGAUCCCCCGGACCUUUUCUCCAUUCCCAAUUUCUGUGAGCCAUCGACAUGGCUCGGCCAGAAACUCAACGCCAGCGAGAACUGCGCAACGCAAAACCCUUUCUUCGCUCUCAAUGUUCACAUCACAGACACGCCACGUCAGCUCGCAUCGGACGGCAUCAUAGACAUUGGAACAGUCGAGCCGCUUAGCCGGCCUCACCAUGAAAGCAACAUCUUCUUCAAGACGCCCGCUCUCCUGCUGGAGCUGGCUGAUCGACAUGUCAAGCUGCACGCGCCGAGUAUUCCGAGUAUUGAGCACCCUCAACCCGAAUCCGAGCCUUCGCCCUCGGAUGACGACGACGAGGACUUCUGGCUCUUCUCCACUGGCGAUUCCGCCACGGCCUCGCAGCUCAAAACCUGGGAGAGUUUCGAUCACCCCGAGGACGCCCAGGGCUCGCACCUCUUCAUAUCCGAAGCCGGCCCUGCUGCCUUCGAUGCCCUGUUGGCGACCGGUCAAAGUCCCACGGAUGAAUCCCUUGAGGUGUUGGACGCCACCAUCUACUGCACGUCCUUGCUGAACGUCGCCUUGGGACGGAGCUCUGUCCUCUUUGGCUGGGAUGUCGGAAAGAACUCGUUUGUCAAGACGACCCCUCAUUUGAGCACCUCGGGCAUCUCGCUGGACACAAUCAAGGCUGUCGACAGCUUCUGUAUCGAGUGCGGAAAUGCUGCUAGGCAUCUCCAGGCUUUUGCGGAAGCCACAUAUUCUGCCGCCUCUACUCCAACCAGGGUCGCUCUCGCGGGGGUAGUCGACCGUCUUGUGACAGCCAUCGGAUCCGAGCUCAGCGAUCAUGGCCGCCAGGCAAGGUCAAUUCUUCAGCUGCAGUCUGUCGUCAAGCCGGCACAUGCAGUUUUAGCCUACUUCAAAGGCCUCCUCGAGAAGCUGGCCCGGCAGGAAUCGGACGAGGCGCUCUUGUCCUGUCUCUUCGAGGAGGCCCAAGCCUCCGAGUACAGGAGUCAGCUCCUGAAAGAGGCUACACGUGAAGUGUUGCGCAUCUUGUCCAUACCGUGGACCGAAUUCGUCGAGGAAUGGGUCGGUCUAAAGGCCGAAGGGGGCACCGCCGCGACCAAAACAGCGUCCGGGAAAGGCUUUGUCAAGAUUGCAGACAAGAUGUGGAUCGAUGAUCAAGGCUUCGAGCUGGAGGAAGCCGACUACUUCUUGAAUGACUCUAAGUUGCCGGCCUUUGUUUCCGAAGACUUGGCCCAGACCAUGUUUGAGACUGGCCGCAACGUCCGAUUCCUUCGCGAACACCACCCGGAGCACCCGCUUUCUAGGCCAGACGUGCUCUCGUUGGCGAUGCCGCCGAGGCUCGAGUGGCAGUUUGACUGGGACGCCAUAUCGAAGCUCGAGGCGAGAGUGAACCAGUACCGGGACGCAGUAUCCCGAGCCAUCCAGGGGCGUCUUCCGGAAUCGCAAAGAGAGCGCGCAUCUCUCGGUGCUAACAAGCGGAAGUUCGAAGCUAUCGAGUUGGAUUACUUCGGAAAGGAUGCUGCACAAGUGGAAGCAGACAUUCUUGCUUCUAUCCGCCAGCUCGACCGACCUCUGGAAAUCCAUGGGCCACAGGACGGACUUACAACGCUUCUCCACGACCAGCUUUACCGCGAAGCAGACACACCCAUCGAAUCCUGCAACCUCACCCCUCACUGGACUUUGCUGCCCUUGCUGUCUUUUGGUCCAGUCAUCCAGGCCCAGUCCAGCCUGAUCAAUCAAGAAUGCAUGAAGCUGCUCUUCAGCGCCCACCACCUCCGCGCCCACAUCGACCUUCUGAGGCAAUACUUUCUCCUCGGAAACGGCCUGCUCUGCAGCCGCCUCACCCACGCCCUCUUCGACCCAAACCUCUCCACUGCGGAACGCCGCGCCGGCGUAGCUCUCGGCGGGGCCACGAUCGGCCUCCGCCUAGGCGGCCGUCGAACCUGGCCGCCAGCCAGCUCCGAGUUGCGACUGGCCCUCAUGGGCAUCCUAUCGGAAUGUUACGAAACCCCCCUCCCGAAAACAUCCACCUCCACACCGCAUCUCGGCACCACCAACCUACCAGGUGACCUCAGCUUCGCAGUCCGCGACCUCUCCCCCGAGGAAAUCGACCGCUGCAUGGACCCGGACUCCCUCGAGGCCCUCGACUUCCUGAGGUUAUCCUACAAACCCCCUGUCGCCCUCCGGCCCAUCAUGUCCCCCGCCGUGCUGGUCAGAUACGACCGCGUGUUUAGACUGUUGCUGCGCGUCUUGCGCAUGCUGUACGUCGCAAACGAGCUGUUUGACUCCGCCGCCUCCUCCUCCUCCACCACCAUCACAUCAUCAUUAUCAUCACCUGAUUCCGAAAGCAACGCCUCCCUCCGCCUGCGCAUCGAAGCACGGCAUUUCAUCCGCCAAGUAGCGUCGCACUUUUUUGACGUCACCAUCACCGCGCCGUGGAGGGCGUUUGAGGCCUGGCUCGAUGGCGUGCAGGCUGAAUCUAUCACCACCACCACCACCACCGAUGAUUUAGAGUCCCGGGGAAGAACAAGGAGAAAGGAACAGGCCUGCAGUCCGGGCGUGCUCCGCGACAGGCAGGAGCGGGUGCUCGACGAGAUCCUGGGGGGGCUGCUGCUGCGGAGGCGGCAGGCGCCGGUUAUGGGACUGUUGGAGGAGGUGUUUGGGGUUGUGUUGGUGUUUGCCAAGGGGUUGAGAACCGCUGCUGGGAAUAAGGGCGGUAACGGCGUGAGUGCGUCGGGCGAGGAGGAGAAGAAGAGUGCGGAGGAGUUGUAUCGGCUGUUUAAGAGGAAGGUGCAGGUGUUUGUUACCGUGUGUAGGGGGCUCAGCGAGAAGAUGGCUGCUUCUGGUGGGCUGGGGAGGGCGGAGGCGACGGGGUUGGAGCAGCUGUUGGUGAGGUUGGAUUUGGGCGGUUUCUAUGCCAGAGGUGAUCGCUAGGCAUAUUCCGGUUGAGGCCGGGGUGGUACCAGUUGGUCUGGUUAGAGCCGUUUGUAUACCCCGGCGUCCGUUUCUCGAUGCUCGAGACUUGUGUGAUGUGAUACUCGUUGUGAUAGACGCAAUGGCCUUGGUGAUGGGCAUCGGUCUCAUCCAUGUCUGCUCGCCGAUGCUUUGCUACAUAUCUGUUUGUAUGAGACAUGCUAGAAACGAAACAACCCAGGUAUAAUGGUAGUUUGGACCCAUCGGCGGC